UUAGUCAAUUCUUUUUUCAGAUUGGAAGCCUUAAACGAAAUCUAUGGAAUUCUAUGGAUCCUUGCCCCUAUUUUGACUCUUGUAUUGGGAAUUACAAUAGGUGUACUAGUAAUUGUAUGGUUAGAAAGAGAAAUAUCUGCGGGGCUACAACAACGUAUUGGACCUGAAUAUGCCGGUCCUUUGGGAGUUCUUCAAGCUCUAGCGGAUGGGACAAAACUUCUUUUCAAAGAGAAUCUUUUUCCAUCUCGAGGAGAUACUCGUUUAUUCAGUAUCGGCCCGGCUAUAGCAGUCGUAUCAACUCUAUUAAGCUAUUCAGUAAUUCCUUUUGCCUAUCGCUUUGUUUUAUCGGAUUUAAGUAUGGGUGUUUUUUUAUGGAUUGCGAUUUCAAGUAUUGUUCCGAUCGGACUUCUUAUGUCAGGAUAUGGAUCAAAUAAUAAAUAUUCUUUUUUAGGUGGUCUACGAGCUGCUGCUCAAUCUAUUAGUUAUGAAAUCCCAUUAACUCUCUGCGUAUUAUCCAUAUCUCUACUAUCUAACAGUUCAAGUACAGUUGAUAUAGUUGAGGCACAAUCAAAAUAUGGUUUUUGGGGUUGGAAUUUGUGGCGUCAACCUAUAGGAUUUAUCAUUUUUUUAAUCUCUUCCCUAGCAGAAUGCGAGAGAUUGCCUUUUGAUUUACCAGAAGCAGAAGAAGAAUUAGUAGCAGGUUAUCAAACGGAAUACUCGGGUAUCAAAUUUGGUUUAUUUUAUGUUGCUUCCUAUCUAAACUUAUUAGUUUCUUCAUUAUUUGUAACAGUUCUUUACUUGGGCGGUUGGAAUAUCUUUAUUCCGUACAUAUUCAUGACUGAAUUUUUGGAAAUAAAUAACGUGGGUAGAGUCUUUGGAAUAACAAUUGGUAUCUUUAGUACAUUGGUUAAAACUUAUUUGUUCUUGUUCAUCUCUAUCACAACAAGAUGGACUUUACCUAGACUAAGAAUGGAUCAACUAUUAAAUCUUGGAUGGAAAUUUCUUUUACCUAUCUCUCUCGGUAAUCUAUUAUUAACAACCUCUUCCCAACUCCUUUCACUAUAA